AUGCGACCUCUUACUCUAUUGAUUAAGAAAUUUUCACAAUUGGGUGUCAAUCGAGGAAUCCACAACUUCCACGGACCUUCAUCAUCAGGAUUAUAUGUUCCGUCCUUGAGGAACGAUCGGAUAGCGCCAAAUCCCGAAUCGUCCCAAAGUCCUAGUGCAGGUGGUCAUAAACCCAAUGUGCCCUACGAAUUGCCGGCUCUGGAAAAUAGUCGACAGGUGUACACAUUUCCAACGCUAGACAGAUCUCCAGUGAUAGCUCCUUCUCCAUUUUUACAUGAUAUUCUUGAAAAGAUGGAUCCAUUCCCCGAAAAGGCUCCAAUAGAAGCACCUCCUGUUAUGCCUACCGUGGCGAUCUAUCUGGCCCCUCGGCUGCUCACAAUACGAAGAAAGAAAAUGAAAAAGCAUAAGAGAAGAAAACGCUACGAUAGGGAUUACUUCAAGUACCAGAAGUAUCAUAAGGAGAAAAAGCUGAGGGCGGAACGUGAAUUUGUCAAACGUAUGAAAGCUCAUUUGGCUGAGUUGGAGUCAUUCAAACCUGAGCAAUACGUUGAAGAAACCAUUGCAGCAGCGAAAAAAGAGUGGUCAGAUGAACUCGCACCAACUGGAAGAAAGUUAUACCCACAUUGGUCAAGGCUCAUGUCACUGGAGGAACUGUAUGGCCUUCCAAAAAGCGAUUACAUCGACAAAAAGGCUGGACUGGCUGGUGAAGAAGAUGCGGAAAAGAUUAAGCAAUUGAAGGUGGAUUACGAUAACAAGUACCGCGGUAUUUGA